AUGAGCGUAGGAAUCGUAGUUUUAACUUGCAAAAAAGUAAACUCUGACGAAGAUGACCCGGAAUCGGGCAACGACUACUCACAGGUGAGUGGAAUGGACGUGGACAAGAUAGGAAUGAACGACGAUUUGUCGAGGUACACCGAGUGCGGGAACGUAUUCCCCCCGGAGAGCGACAUAAUGCGAAUUUGCAAAAACAACUCAACCUGCAGGCUGCUUCCUGGCCCUGAGGGAUACCUGCAGGUCUUCUGCGACUGCUCGAACACGAUCACGGAGACUUACUACUUCAUGGGACCCCAAUGCGAAACAAGACAUAUUUGCAAAAAACUCAUGGAAGAACGACUUCUCGAGGGUAGGAUUACUGUACUAAAGAAGAGUCCAUGGAACUAA